AUGGCAGAAGGCCAGCCACACCUAAGUAUUCAGAUGUCGGACUCAAAUACAAAUGGCAUCCCCAGCAGAAAGCAGUCCUCUGCAGCCUUAGCCGGCAGGGGAGGAAGCAUACUAACUUUCCACAACAUCUGCUAUCACGUAAAGAUGAAGACUGGGUUCUUGUGUUGUCAAAAAACAGCCGAUAAAGAAGUUUUGAGAGAUGUCAACGGCAUCAUGAGACCAGGACUGAAUGCAAUUUUGGGACCCACUGGCAGUGGUAAAUCUUCUCUACUUGACAUUUUGGCCGCAAGGAAGGAACCCCAUGGGCUUUCUGGUGACAUUUUGAUCAAUGGAGCUCCUCAGCCUGCCAAUUUUAAAUGUACCUCUGGAUACGUAGUACAGGAUGAUGUGGUGAUGGGAACCCUGACUGUAAGAGAAAAUUUGAAGUUCUCAGCAGCACUCCGUUUGCCAAAAUCAGUGAAGGAACAGGAAAAAAAUGAACGGGUGAAUCAGAUCAUCAAGGAACUGGGUUUGAGCAAAGUGGCAGAUUCUAAAGUUGGCACCCAGUUCACUCGUGGCGUGUCUGGAGGAGAGCGGAAAAGGACCAAUAUUGGGAUGGAGCUCAUCACGGAUCCUGACAUCUUGUUUUUGGAUGAGCCAACUACGGGACUCGAUGCCAGUACUGCUAACGCUGUCCUGCUGCUACUGAAAAGGAUGGCAAAACAAGGAAAAACAAUAAUCUUCUCCAUCCACCAGCCUCGGUACUCCAUAUUCCGACUGUUUGACAACCUGACGCUGCUGGCUGCAGGGAGAGUGUUGUACCAUGGGCCCGCUCAGCACACCAUUGAGUACUUCCAGUCUAUUGGCUACGAGUGUGAGCCAUACAACAACCCUGCUGACUUUUUCCUGGACGUCAUUAAUGGAGACUCCACUGCAGUGGCAAUGAGCAAGACCAAUGAAGCUAACACAGAGAGCACUGAAGAAUGCAGUGAAUAUGAUAAAACCUUAGCUGAGAAGUUAGCAGAAAAAUACUCCAACUCUGCCUACUACCAAGAAACAAAAGCAGUACUAGAGAAUAUUUCUUUGGGAAAUAAAAAGAAAACAAAAGCAGUUUUCCGACAAAUCACAUAUGCUAAUUCCUUCCUUCACCAGCUGAAGUGGGUGUCCAAGCGCACAUUUAAAAAUCUGGUAGGAAACCCUCAAGCUUCCAUAGCUCAGCUAUAUGUUACGGCUUUUCUAGGACUGGUUGUAGGUGCCAUUUUCUUUGGACUUAAAGAGGACUCCUCUGGACUACAGAACAGAGUGGGUGCAAUGUUCUUUCUGACCACCAACCAGUGUUUCAGCAGCAUCUCAGCUAUUGAACUCUUUGUUGUGGAAAAAAAGAUAUUUACACAUGAAUAUAUCAGUGGGUACUACAGAACAUCUGCAUAUUUCAUCUCAAAGCUAAUGGCUGAUUUAAUACCCAUGAGGACUAUACCAAGCAUCAUCUUCACCUGUAUAAUAUACUUCAUGUUAGGUUUGAAACCAACAGUAGAAGCCUUCUUUACAAUGACGUUUACCCUUAUGAUGGUGUCCUACACAGCCACUUCUAUGGCACUAGCCAUUGCAGCAGGACAGAGCGUGGUCGCUGUAGCAAACCUGCUCAUGACUAUCACAUUUGUUUUUAUGAUUAUUUUCUCUGGGUUGCUGGUGAAUCUCACAAGCAUCAUGUCCUGGCUCUCCUGGCUCAAAUACUUUAGCAUCCCUCGAUACGGAAUGACAGCUUUACAAAUCAAUGAAUUGACUGGUCUGAACUUUUGCAGCAGUGGUAACAACACAAAUUCAAUCAGCAAUGUUAACUAUCGACAGAUAAGCCAGCCGUGGUGUACUGGAGAUGAGUAUCUGAAAAAUCAAGGCAUUGAUGUGAGUAGCUGGGGCCUGUGGCAGAACCACCUGGCUCUCGCCUGCAUGACAGUAAUAUUCCUUACCAUUGCAUACCUGAAACUGCACUUCAUGAAGAAGUUCUCUUAA